AGACAGACAAUUCAAAUGUGAAGAAGCGUAAACUAAGUGAUCAGAUUGAUAGUGCAGAAUCUAAUAGACAAAUUAGUAAACAGAUCAUUAAGAAGGAUACUUCAGAUAUUGUUGUUUGUUAUUAUGAAAAUGGUUUACGUAAAGUAAAGCCGUAUUAUUACGAGCAUAGAACGUUUGCGAAAGGACGUUGGUUAGGUCACAAGGUUCUAGAUGUUUUUAGCACAGAAUUCCGAGAUCGAUCCAGCGAAUAUUAUGCAUAUGCAAUAGAGAAAGGCUUAAUAACUAUUAACGGCCAAAGAGUUACACCUGAAACAAUUAUUAGUGUCAAUAUAAACGUAAAGA